ACACACACAACCUCUCGUAAUGUACUCCAUUUACCUGCAUGCUUCAUGUGAAUUUAACUUCCUGGCUGGUAUAAACAUGGCGUGCUGUACACACUGGGUGAGAGAGACGUCGAUCGUGUUGUUUGUAGUUUGUUCUCUGCAGUCCGGAUACACCACCACUCGUGAAAAGCAUAUCUACUUUAACAACAGCCAACUGAACUGGUGGGAAGCACGGGCCAACUGCCAGGCCAAUGAAGGCGACCUGUUUGUUCCAGUGACAGAGCCCGAACCUUCCCGUAUGCCCGGGACACGAAACCGGUACACAUACUAUUGGCUGGGGGCUAUGAGGUAUUCAACAUGGACAUGGACAGACGAUGGCAAUCCGUUGUACAUAAACUCCGGGCUCAGUACCCUUCCUGCUGAUCUAGAGAACGUCAGGACCUUUCCCGACAACUCCGUCAACAGAUGUCACCGUUACUGUGGAAGCGAUACUCAUACACUGGGCUUGAGUAGAGACAGGUGUUUUUGUCUUCGUGACGACUAUAAAGCUUCAGGUAACACAUCAGGAGAACCGUGUCCAGGCAACCCAGACGAAGUGUGCGGGUACGCCGACCGAUUGUCGGUAUAUAAAUGUCCUUUUGAAGACUCCACAGACUUUGUGUUCACACCGACAGGAAAUGGACAAUGUGGUUAUGCAAUAAAGAAUAACGGCAAGUUUACCAUUUCAUUGGAUGAUGGGGACAGUUGUAAGACAACAGAUAGAAGAUAUGCAUGUUAUGCAAAAGGGAUAACACGUGGAUCAGAUUACACCUGCAAAAAUGGUGUGUGUGCUUCCACAUAUCGGCGGAAACGAACAUGGACGGAAGCAAAUGACACGUACGAUUUGGUGAAACUUGAAAGUUCCAUUGUGAAAGAUCUACAGAAGACGAUGCACGAUGACUCGGAAUAUUGGAUCGGUCUUGUUUAUAGACCUACUAUGAAGUGGAUCAUUGAUGUACCAUUUGAACAGGAAGCAAGUGAAUAUGAUGAGUACUCUUCAUCAGAGCCCCAGUGCCUUGUAGUGUAUUUCACAAUAUGGUACCAACAAUUGUCAUGGAAGCCAUGUUCGUUUCUAUACGCGUCCAUAUGUGAAGUAGUUGUACCCAAAACGUCAACAACAACCAUGACACCACAACACUCAUCAUCACCAGCUGCAGCAACAACAGCAUCGGAAACACCAACAUACCAACCACCAGGAAAUGUUCCUACAUCCGAAAGCUACAUGUCUACCUCUACCAAUAACCCGGAAGUAGGACCGACUGAACCAGUCACAGCUUCAAACGGAACACAGACGGGUGUGUUCAUAGGUCUAGGAUGCGUUGUGCUUAUGCUCGUCGGCAUCAUUGUAGUACUCCUGUUGAUGAGACAAAAUAAACUCUGUUUUAAGAGGAAAGACAAGGAACAGUCGAUGCACUUUAACACGGCCACACAAAACACCACAUAUGAUGUGGAGGUACCUACACAAUCAAAUACCUCUGCAUACACUGACAUCACACUAGCAGAUAUGACUGACGUCAAGCCAAUGUCUUCCGCCGUUCCUAUGGCAACAGUACGACCUAGAGUUCAAAACUACGACAAUACCUUUCCAUCUGAUGGGGAUGAGAAUGAUUACAAUGUCCUAUCACCGCCUGGAAAACAUCAUGCUCCAGUGACAGCCGGGAAUCCGAUCCACAACCUACCAGGGCCUGUCAGAGGGGACUACGACACAGCACAGGCGUGUGGCCAAGGGACUGGGUCUACUGGGCUGAACAACUCGGGAUCGUCUGCUGCGAGGAGAAGUCCAAAGGCCCCUCAGGGAGACGAUGACGUUGUCGGACAGCACGACCCUGGAGGAGCUGCUGAGGUGUAUGACCAUUUGAGGGAUGGCGAGGGGGGUCAUGCCACCCCACAGCAGGGAAAGACUCCAAAACAAGUGGAUGACUCGUACAGUCACAUUGGGAGGACCAACAAGGGAUUUGAUGACAACGCUUAUGACGUUGCCAGUGCGAGGCAGACGGAGGACAGACGUGAUGACACCUACAACCACACCGACUCUGUUGAUGACAACCCAGGAGACACCAAUGACUACUACAACACAAGGUCUCUCUUCAGAGACAACAACGAGAGCCUUGGUCGACAAGAUGACAUACCGGACAACACUGAUGUUUACAGUGUUGCAAAGAGAAUUUCCGAUGCAUGACUGUAAUUAUGACGUUAUUCAUAGUUCCUCAGUUUCGUAAUGUUUGAUUUGAAAUUGAGUUUCAUGUUUUAGUU